AUGCCGCUCCCUCAUUUAUUCAAGAGGCUGAGUGAGAAGAGCCUCAAGAAACGCAAUCGCACUCAAUCUUCCAGUUCAAGUAGUGCCGAUGCACCUCCCAUGCCAAGAACCGCCGCCAGCGAAAAGUCGUUCGGAGAGGUCAUCUCUGGAGGCAGCACAAGGUCACUGACGCUUAACGGCCAUAGUGUCGAACAACAACUUCCCCCACUCCCACCUCUUCCACUCAACGGCUACAUGUUGCCGUCCGGCCCGCCUCCGCCGCCCGCCAUCGAGCUCGACAUUCCCCAGGACGAGCUCUCCAUAUCAUUGCAAGCAGCCUGGAAAUCUGCCAAUACCGAUCCCAAGCAAAGCAAGGCAGACAAGUUACUGCAGAAGGCAGAGAAUGGGAUAACCGGUGCCAUGGCAGCGCAAGCCAAAGGUGUGGUAGUUGUGACGGCAGUCAAGGCAGGGCUCAAUGCGGUUGGUGGACUGGAGGGAAUCGAGAAAGGCAUCAACGCCCUAAUGGAGGGCAUGCCGGUCCUCAUGAGUGCUUUGGAUGAGCUGACGAAGCUUCACCCAUUUGUCGGAGUCGCGGUCAUGGCCUUCAAAGCUGUUUGGGCGUUGGAAAUGAAGCGCCGACAAAAUGACCAGAAAAUACUGGCCCUCCAUGUAGAGAUGAAAGACAUGAUGGGUGUUUUGACACAGCUCAAGUCCGUCAAGGAUGCAGAUGCUGUAGCGCCUGAUGGCUCUACUAUCAAGGGACGAAUGCAAAUUAUCAUCGAAAACACUGCGAAAGACAUCAAGGCCUGUGCCAAUGCCUGUGAUGCAUAUGUCAAGAAAAAACUCGUUGUCAAGGUCCUCAAGGGGCCUAUUUGGGAGGGAAAGCUGGCAGCAUUUGCGGGCACUUUCACCAAACGAAGAUCCGAAUUCGAAUUCGCCAUGUCGAUCCACACGGCUCUUGGUGUCGAUGCUGCGAACCGCGCCAUCAGCUUAGUCGAUGAGACCACUCAAGCCAUGAACCAAAAAAUGGACUUAAUGAUGAAGAUGUUUUCCCAGAUGAUAAGCCCAGAACAAAAGGAAAUGUCAAGGCUCAUCGACCAGAAAGGCGGUCCUUCGUGUGUUGACAACGAGAGGGUACUGAAGGAACUCAACGACUUCGAAAACAAGUCUUCAAGCGCGCAAAGAGCGGUUGGCAGUAAACUCGGAGCCAAAAGUGGUGACCUGGACGACCUCAAAGACGACCUACAUGCCAAUCCGGACCAAGCCAUCGAAGCCAACAUGGAACAGUUCUCCCGCAAAUUUGCUAUCCAACAACGUCAGAUUUUGGAUGAAAUUUCCCGAGUCGUCGAAAGACAGGGAGACAGGAUCAUUGGCGCAGUUUUAGCUGGACCCGGCGACCGCAUUGUGGAUCCAAAUAUUCAUGCAGUCUGGAAAGAAAUGGGGUGGAAAGGAAGUGUUAAAACCCGCCAUUUUGUCAUGGCUCUUCGAGAUCAUUUCCAAGAGGACCACAAGAACCAAAACACUCUCAAUCUCCCUCAAAGAGUGGCUGAAGAGACUGAGGAUGGCAAGCCUAAAUCCGAAGUCGUGCCUCCCUUGGCCCAGGAAGAUGAAUGGACUCUGGAAUUCAUCAAUGUAGUUCGUCUCCAAGCCAUAUCAGAGGCUUUUGAUGACGACGCUUCUGGGUUCGUCACUAUUGCAGAGGUUAACGCCUUCACGACGGCUCGGCCUCUGGACUGGAGCCUGGCACGUUGGAUUGCCUAUUGGUCAGUAGGCCAUCAUCAAGCAAUGCAGGAGUAUGCGAACAAGAUCAACGGGUUGAUUGGGAAACUGUUUGCGAUUUUACCUCGUAUCUUGCCUGCCAACAAAUCCGCCGCCGACGAGUACCUCACGACAGUUUAUUGGGGUGUGCACACGAUUGUCCGUUCUCUGAGCUAUGCCUUUAUCAACCCUGGUUUGCAAGAAAAGUUUAAAUCAUACGUUGCCUCCGAGGAAGAACGAAUCAAAGGAAAUCUUGAGGCUGUGAAAUACGAUAUCGACGCUAGCGACACCUUGGAGCUUGUUACAGGCGAAGGCCGAAUCGAAAGAUAUGCACUCCCCAUGAUAUACCUAUUGCUAGAGAAACAUCUUGAAAUUUUCCGCGUUUGCCAAACCCGUGUUGUCCACGCUGACGAGCUUUGGGAUGCGGCAGAUACGGUCAGCUGGGUGCUAGGCGCUGUCGCAACUCGCCUGGAACUCUUGAGAUCUAUCUUCAAGCAGCAGAAACUCGACUUGACCCAACAAUUCAAAUCGUUCUCGUUCGGAAUGUACGAAUAUCUCAACGAACCAGAUCUACUCUGGGCCGCCAAGAUCGUGCAAGAAACUGAAUUCGUAGACUACAGCUACGAGGAAAGUGUGGAGUCCCCGCUUCCUGAGCUUGAAAAAAUUCUCAACUAUCCGAUGGACAUGGACGAGCUCGACUAUGCUGCCUAUGCGCUGUCUCCGCCAUCUGCCAAGGUUAACGACGCGACAGUGACCCACAUCCUACCCGCUCUCACACAGCUCCUUUCAUCUCGCUGGCACGGAUUUCUGUUCCAGCCAGCAACGGCACGUUACCCCAGCGCAGGAAUGGUCUCCAUGACACUCGUGCCAACCUUCGUCGACGGUCAAGUCCAGCAUUUCACCGCUUCAGAACGUGCAAACAAGGCAGAAUUCGAACUUGUUGGGGAAUGCCACGUUCAGGACGACAAAAUAUCUAUCACAUUCAAGCGCACGUUCUCUGCCCGUUUCUCGACGCAAUUCUAUAAUGGUAUCUGGAAUACAGAAACAAACACCUUGAGUGGUACUCUUGGGUUUGAGGAGGACGUUUCGACGCAUUUUGGAGCGUUCUCGUUCAAGCAGUUAGAGCCAGAGUAUGUCUGUUAUAUGCCCGCGCCAGUCGACCUCGAGCCACCAGCCAAUGAUGGGGGAGAUCCGCUCGGAGAGAAUGCCAAGGCUCGCGCCUUGUGGUCAUUCGCCAUAUCUUCUGUGCUUUUCCAGGUCCGCCGAGAUCACUGGUCGUGGUCACUGUUCAAGGAGCGGAGGGACAACAGGAAACGCUUCAUCGAGUUGCAAAUCCGAUCUGGACAAGCCAGCCAUGCGUUCGGAAAGGAGCUGGGAAGCGCAGAGUGGGAUGAACUGUCGAAGCUGAAAAAGUCUUUCACCACAAACGACUCCAGAUUUUACCAUUCGCUGGCCGAGAUGCAAAUUCGCGCGACGACAAACCAUAAUUCUAGCUGCGACAGCUGUGGAGGCGCUAUUGGAGGCGCGAGACUGAGCUGUCUUGUCUGUCAGAUGAAAGAUUCAUGGAAUACAGUCGACUUUGAUGACUCUCCUGCCUGCAUGGCUGGCCGUGUCAACCGUGAUGAUAUGCAAAAGCCGCAUUAUCCUCAUCACGACCUCAUCAAACUACGUCGUGUUCUGCACAUUCGGGAAUUCGGCAAGGCCUUCCGAAACGCCAAAGCAGCUUUAGAGAAAGCGAGGGGCAUAUUCAAGGCUGCUGGGAUUGAAACCAAUGACAGCGGCGAUGGCGAUGAUGAGGAACAGCCAAGCGAGGCUCCAACGGCUCAAAUACACUCUUUGAUCACCCAACUAUCGAUAACCAUUCCAAAUGCUCCAACUGCUGGUGCCCCGUUGUCUGCUGUCUCGGUCGCAAAGUCACGUGCCGAACCCCUUCCCAAAGGGCCCAAGUGUGCCAAUUGCAGCAAGGCACUGACGAUGCCCUGUUGGUUCUGUGUCCAAUGCACCGAGGAGACGUUCAUCUGCUGGGAAUGCGAUGCCAAGGGCGAAUCAGGCAUAUCGUCGCUGCUGGAGAAGAACGAGCAUACCCAUAAUUUCUUUGCGCAUGACCUUGUGCGGGUGCAGGAAGCGGUGGAAGACAAGGACUUGACGAUGGAAGAGAGGAUUGGGGCUUUGGAGGAUGUUUUCAAGGCGCACGAGCAGACGGUGGGCGAUAGGCUGACGAGGAUGGAGAAGACUGUGGAGGAGAGGAUGGCGCGGGUUGAGAUGUUGCUGGAGAAACUUGUGGCGAAUUACAAGGAAACAACACUUGUUGUUUAUCGGUCUUCUUUAUGCGCAUACAUGGAACAUCUUAUACGCGAAGUUCAGGUGCAAUACGCGAAUGGAUAUAUUAAGGUCAAUAGUAGCAAGGUUAAAUAA